AUGAAUGGAUUUAUAUUAAAAAUAUUAAGAUUUCUAAUAAAUAAAUUUGCUCAGAAAUAUAUUAAGAUAAUUAAAAAUAUUUAUGUAUAUAAUUUAAAACAUAUAAUUUUUGAAGACAUUGAAUUUAAUAACCUAUCCAUAAAUUGUGUAAACGAUCAACAGGAUAAUCAUGAUUUUAAUAAUAGUGAAAAGAAUGAUGAGAAUGAAGAAUAUGAUGUACAAGAUAAACAUGGUGAAGAAGAAAAAAAUAAAAAAAAAAAAAAGAACAUCAAUAGAUUUACUCAAUAUCUAUUAUAUUUAAAAACGUUGGGUUUGAAAAAAGAAAAAAUUCUUCUUAACAUUGGUUAUAUAGAAAAAAUUGAAAUCCUUUUUAAUAAUGGCUCCUACUUUUUUUAUAACGGUAUUACAAUAAAUGUAGAAAAUAUUUUUGUAAAUUUAAAAUAUGUAGAGGACUAUGAAUCAGAUGAAACAAAAAUUCUACAAGAAAAAAAAAACCAACCUGAUGAUGAUAAUAAAUUUAGAAAGAAUCAAGAUGUCCAGGAUAAUGAUCAUCUAUUUUGUAAUAAUAACAUAAAUCCUUGUGAUGAUAUACAAAGUAGAAAUAUAACAUACGAUAUUAAUAAUAGAAGAAAUUCAUUAUAUAAUAUAGAAACAUAUGAUAAUUUGAAUAGACUAGAUAAUAACACGGAUAUAAUAAAUAACAAUAUAAUAUUGAUGUUUUUUGUUUCAAUUUUAUUUUUUUUAAAUUUAAUAAAGAAUAAGUUUGUUGAAAAUGUGUAUUUCUUGAUAAAUUUUAUUUUCGAAUUAUUUGUAGAAGAUAGUAUUUGUUCAAAGAUAAAAAAUAUGAUUCUUUUAUUUAUUAUGAAACGUUUUCUUUCUAUAGAUAUAAAAAAUAUAAAUAUAAUUUUUGAAGAUAAUAUAAUAAAUAAUGAAGAGAAAUUAUUUUUUUCUUUUUGUAUUAAAGGAAUACAUGUAGAUAAUAUAAAUUAUAUAAAAUAUUUAAGAAAAGAACUAAGAGAAAAAAGUUUGGAUCCAUUCAAUGUGUUAUAUUUAAUGAACAAUAAAAAAAAGAAAGAAAAAAAAGAAACAAACAAAAGAAAAACCGAAUUAUUAAAUAUACAGUUUGAUGAUAUAAGUAUUUAUCAUGAUUAUAGACAUGAACAUAUAAGUUCAACAGAUAUACAUUUAAAAAAAAGAAAAUAUAAAUUCUUCUUUUUUUAUAAUAUGAAUUUUUUUCAUAAGGAUACAAAUUGUAUAUUACAAAAAACAAGUAUUAUUAUUCAUAUUUAUAAGGAUAGAGGAGCAGAACAUAUCAAUCUCCCGAAGCAGAGGGAAGAAAAGGUAUUAACUAGUGAGUUAACUAAUAAGAAUAAUAUGUAUGAUGGCAAUAUGUAUGAUGGCAAUAUGUAUGGUGACAAUAUGUAUGGUGACAAUAUGUAUGAUAACAAAAUUUUUGAUCAUUAUCGUGCAUAUAAAAACAAAACGGAAGAGACAUAUUAUUUUGAUUUGCUUAUCCCAAGAAUUUAUAUUAAUAUGUCUAAUGAACAUUUUUUUAAAUUAUUUAUGUUUAUAAAUAAAUAUUUAAAUUUUUUUAAUAUAAAGAACAAAAUGAAGGAGCAUAAAAAGAAAGAAGAAAGAAGAAAACAAGAAAAAAAAAAAAUUAAAAAGAAUUAUUUAACAUAUAAAAAAAAUUAUAUAGAUAAAAGGAAUGCUUUACCAUUUAUAUAUUUAAAAAAACGAAGAAAGGAUAUAUUUAUUGUUAAUAAAAAGAGAUAUAUAGAAUGUAAUAUAAAUAUAAACGAAAUCAAAAUAAAUUAUUUGUAUGGUGAAGGAGAGUGUGUUAUCUUUUUUUAUAAAAACAUAAGUAUCUUGUGUUGUAUAAAGGGACAAACGUAUAAAUGUAUAAAAAACAAAAGCAUAAAUACAAGAUAUAGGAAAAAAUAUAGAAAUUACAAUAACAAAACUGUUUGUAAUAAUAACACGUUUUUUUGUAAUAAUAACAAGUUUUUUUGUAAUAAUAACAAAUUUGUUUAUAAUUUAAAAAGUUUUAUAUUUCUUAUCGACGAGAUGUCUAUAAAAGAAACACACUCACAAUUACUUUUAUGUGUUGACAAAAAGGAGGAUCCUAUUUUUCAUUUUUUAAAAAGACAGAGGAAAUAUAAAAAAAUAGAAUACAAUCAAAAUGUAAGUAAGAAUAUAUUAUUAUUAUUAUGUAAUAAAAAUAUAGAUUCUAAUGAAAAAAACAUAAAGGAUCUUUUUUAUACAAAAAAUUCAACAAGAGGAACUAUUUGUAGUAACCUUAAUAAUAAUGAUAAAAAUAAAUAUAGUUUGUGUUUUCAAUAUAACAAGAAAGUAAAUAAAAAGAAAAAGAAUCAUUGUGAUAAUAAUAUGAAUAUAUAUGUAGAAAAUAUAAAUUUAGAAAUUUGUAAAAUACAUAAUCUAUAUUAUGUUGUCGACAGAUUAUUUGAAAGAAAGCUAUAUUAUAUAUUUAAUAAUUUAUUUCCGUUGAACCAAAAAAAAGAAACAAAUGUAGUAUCAAGUGAAUAUAAUAAAUAUAAUGAGAAUUAUUUUAAACAUAAUAAAAAACUUUAUUUCAAUAGAUCUGUUGAUGAGAAGGAGGAUGAUGAUGUUCCAUGUUCUGAUGAUACAAUAAAAAAAAAAAAAAAAAUACAUAAAAAUACAAAUGUAAUAACUAUAUUAAUAAAAAGUAUACACAUUGAACUUAAGAAAUAUAAUAUAACUUCUUUACAUAUAUUUUUUGAUGAUAUAUAUUUUUAUCACAGAAAUGAUGAUGAUGAUGAUGAUGAGGAUCAUCAUAUGAAUGGACAUAAUAAGUUAAUGAAUAUACAUAAAAAUAAAAAUAAUUUAUAUAAUUGUUUUAAAAAGUACAAGAAAUAUAUAAAAGUUGAAAAUUAUGAAAAAAAAAUAAAACAAAAUAUUUAUAUUUUUUCAAAAAUUACUAAUAUAUAUAUGUUACUUAAACAUAAUAAAAAUGUACAUCUUUUCAUAUGUCCAUUUUCGUUUUUCUUUUCUGUUUAUAAAGAAAAAAAAAAUAAAAAGUAUCAAGUAAAAUUAAAUGUUAUAUCUUUAAUAUUAGAAAUUAAUAUACAUAUAUUAAAUAUUUUGAAAUAUUUAUUUGAACAUGAAAUAGAGAAAAAAGAACUAUGUAAUUGUGAUCAUACGUUAUAUGAAGCUGGUAAUAGGAUUGUAUCAUGUUGUUACCCUGGAAGGGAUAAAAAUAAAGAUAAACAUAAAGAAAAAAAUAAAGAAAGAGAGAUCAAAAAGGAUCCAAAAUAUGUACAAAAUUGCAAUAUUUAUUAUAAUAAACAAAAUAAGAAAGAACCAGAAGAAAUAAAAUAUUUUUUUCGAGAUGAAAAUCUUAUACAACAAGAAAUAAAUUAUUUAUAUGGAUCUUUAAACAUGUUUUAUGAAAAUAAUGAUUUUAUAAGAGAUUAUAAAAGUAAAGAAACAGAAACAAGUACAUUUACCUUUUCUAUAAUUGACGUUUUUAAUUUUUUUAAUAAAACAAAUGUAAAAUGUACUUUUUAUUAUAUAUAUAUAUAUUUUUUUUUCUUAAAUAAGAAUAAUAAAUCAGGAGGAACAAGAAAUAAUGAACAAAUAAAUAAAUUACAAAAUAAUAAUAAUAAAAUAAAAAAAAAAAAAAAUCAUCAUAAUGAUAAUAAUAAUAAUAAUUACAUUCAUAUGGAUAGUAUGUUAACGUUUAUUAAAACGGAUGUAAAACAAAAAAAUAUGUACAUAAACAAAAAUGUAGAAAUAUUCUAUUUGAAAUAUGAAAUGAAUAAAUUACGUUUCUGUUUUCUUGUUAACCAUAUGAAUAGUAUGGAUGAAACAAGAAAAAAGAAGAACUUUAAUAAAAUGAACAAAAUGAAUAAAAUGAUCAAAAUGAACAAAAUGAACAGAAUGAAGAAUACAUAUUUAUUAUCAAACAAAUUAUUUAUCAAAAGCUCCAUUUUAUAUUUCAAUUUUUAUUUUAAUCCUAUAUUAUUAUUUCCUGUUAUAUAUAAGGGGGCUUCUAUAUUUAUAUGUCUUCAUAAUGUCAAGGAACAAAAAAUAUUAAACAUGGAAUAUGAUAAAGAAAACAAUUAUGAGAUGAGGAAACAUUUGUAUAAUAAGAAGGAAGAUAAUACUACAGAAGGUAUUACAUAUAUAAACAAUAAUAAUAGAAAAUAUAAAAAAAAAAAAAAAAAAGAUAUAAAUGUUAUAUGUAGUAAUAAUAAUAUUUGUAAUGAUAAUCCUAUGUUUAAUAUUCCGAAUAUUUCUUUGGAAAAGUCAUAUGAACAUUGUAUGUAUAUAAAACACAAAUGUUUAUUAACAUUCUUAGAUAACACAUCGAAAUAUAAAAUAAAAAAAAUAAACAAGCACUUAUUUUUGUUCAGUUUUGAAAAGGUACAUAUAUAUAUAUAUGAUUUUUUCGUAAACGUUUUUUAUUAUCUUGAUUUGUGUUAUUCAAAUAUGAAAAAAGAAAAACAAAACAAAAACAAAAACAAAAAUAAAAAGAAAAAUCCAAAUUUUCCUAUACAAAAAAGUAAAUGUAAUGAUAAUUAUUUAUUAAAAAUGUUUGAAGACAGGAAUAUUAUAUUAUAUAUAUUAAAAAAUUAUGGAAAGCAUAUUUCUAUUUGUAGCAAGUUAAUAAAACAUAAAAAAAAAAUUCUGUUAUUUUAUAAUAUAAUGGAGCAUAUAUAUAAAUUCAUUUUAUAUUUUGUAAUAAAGAGGUUGAACAUUUCGUUUAUGUUUUAUGAAUCCCCUAAUCAUGAUGAUAAAAAAAAAAAUAAUAAUAAUAAUAAAAAUAAUAUCAGCAAGAGUAAUUAUAUUAUGUUAAUACCAUGUCAUGAAAAAUAUAAACAAAUGUGGUGCGGCGAUCAUUAUAAGGAACACUUCAAAUUUAAGGUCGAUAACUUUGUUAUACAAUGUAAAACGAAUAUGUUAUAUUUAAGAAAAAAAAAAAAAAAAAAAAAUAAUAAUAAUAUUAAUAUUAAUAAUAAUGAUAAUAUUAAUAAUAAUGAUAAUAAUAAUAAUAAUAUUAAUAAUAAUAAUAAUAAUAAUAAUAAUAAUAAUAAUAAUAAUAAUAAUAAUGGUAAUAAUAAUGAUUAUCAUCAUAAUAAUCAUCAUUACAAUGUAUUAACAAAGACAUGUACGAGUAUAAAAUGUCGUAAUAAUAAUUGCUGUACACAAAAUGUAGAUAAAUUAAAUAACACCCUUAUAUUAUCAAAACACACAAAAAAAAAAAUUGAUAACGAGAAACCAAACAAACACGCUAGCGACAAAGAUACACUGAAUUGUUUAUAUAUAACAAAGUUUUUUUUAAAUAUUUUUUGUAGUCAUCUGAAAAUUAUAAAAUAUAAUAAAUAUAAAAAGGGUGAUGAGGAAAAAGUAAAUCCUUAUAAUAAUAAUAAUAAUAAUAAUAAUACACAUGAUGAAUAUCAUAACAAGUUAUUAAAUUAUCAAACUCCAUGUGAACUAGCUAAAAAGUGGUUUUCCUUAACAUAUAAUAAUAGGAAAAAUGUAGAAAAGAAAAAAGAGAAAAGAAAAAAAAAAAAUCUUUUUAAAUCUAACAAAAUUAAUUUUAUACUUUCAUAUAAGUAUAAUUUUAUUGUUUAUUUAAAUGUGGAUAAAGUAUCGUUCUAUUAUCAUAUGUAUUUGUUUCUAAAUAAUCACAUAGAUUAUUAUAUAAAAUUAUUUCUACAAAUACGAAAAAAUGAAUUUCUAAAUAAUUUUUUUCCUAUACAAAAAUAUGAAAGAGGAGAAGUCAGACAUUCUUAUGGUGAUAAAUAUGUGGAAGAUAUCCUAACUUUUUUAAUAAAAAAAAAAAAAUUUGUAUUUAAACAAGGGGAAGACAAAAAGGUGAUACAAUAUGAGAGUGAUAUGAUAUCAUGUGGUAAUAUAACAUGUGAUGAUAUGAGAUGUAAAGAAAAAAGAUACAAUGUUCAUAAUAAUGAAGAUAACAAUAAUAUCAUUAAUAUGUCCUUGUUUCAUCGCUUAUGUAACUUAUUUCUUGUUGAGAAGGUUUAUAUUAACAUAAAUAAUAUUAAAUGUUUGUAUACAUAUAUUUGUAAUAUAGACCCUACAAAUAAGAAUUGGGAGAAAAUAAAAAGAAAGGAAAAAAGAAAGUCCAAAAGUAAAAAAUAUGAAAAAGAAAUAUUAGUAUUAAAAGUAAAAAGAUUUAAAACUAUUUUAAUGAAGGAAGAUUAUAGUAAAUAUAAUAAAUUGAAUAUAUUUAAUAAAAAUAUAAUAAAUCUUGUAUAUUUAUUUAAAAGUAAAAUAUAUAAUAUCAAUAUAUAUUUAAGAAAUAUAAAACAGAAAAAAAAUGAUUUAUUAUUUUAUACAAAUUAUUUAUGUUUUAUAUAUAAAUUUACAAUAAUCUUGAACAAUAUGAAUAGUACACAGAAAUUUUUUUUUUUAAAAUAUUUUUUGAAGAAGGAUAUAAAAAAUAAGAUGAUUAAAAGAAAAGAAAAAAAAAAAAAUUCAUCAUUUUAUUAUGUACCACAAUUAUACUCUGAACACAAAAAAUGUAAGUUUCUUUUUGAUAUUACUAGAAAUAUUCAAGAACAUAUAAUUUCCCAAAAAAAGAAAAAAGAGAGUUUACUUCAUAUAAAUAAUGAAAGUAUACAUUUUAAAAUAAAAUUUAAUAUAAUAACGUAUAAAAAAUAUAAAAUGAAUGAAGAUAGGAAGAUACAAUCUAGUGUUUACUUUUUUUUAAAUGAAAGAAAUAUUUUAUCUUUAAUUAAUUUUUAUUAUAAUGUCUUAAUGUUGAUCGAUUACGGUCAACUUGUGUAUUCUAAAUAUAUAAGGAAAUAUAAUGAUUUGGAAGGAAGGGACGAAAUAUAUAAAGGUAAGGUAAAACGAAAUGAUCUCCCUGAUGGUUAUGGAUUUGUUUGUAGAGAUGGUCAUAUGUAUAAACAUCCAGAUGGGCAUAUAUAUAAUCAUCCAGGUGGGCAUAUAUAUAAUCAUCCAGAUGGGCAUAUAUAUAAUCAUCCAGAUGGACAUAUGUAUAAUCAUCCAGAUGAACAUUUAUUAUAUAAUAUAAAAUAUAUGAAUAGCAGAAAUCAUCAUAUAGAUUUCAAAAAAGAUGAUUAUGCUAUUCAUUAUGAUAAUGAAUUUACAUUUGAAUCAUCCGACAUGAAUAAUAUGUUAAAAUAUAAUAUGAUAAAAAAAAAUUAUGUGUUAGGAAAGAAGAAAAGAAAAAGUAAAAUAAAGAAUACAUAUAUUAAAAAAAAAAAUAAUAAGUAUUUUAUAAAUUUUAUAAAUAAAAGGAUACAAAAUAAAUAUCAAGAUAUAUAUUAUAUAUUAUAUAUGAAUAAAAAAAAAAAAAAAAUAAAAAUAAAUAAGAUGAAAAAGCAAAACAAAAGAGAUAAACAGAGGUUAACAAAAUAUCCUUUUUCAUAUAUAAUAAAUACCAAAAAAAAAAAAAAUAAAUAUGUAAUAUCAAAUAACAAUAUGUUAGAUAGAAUAAUAAAUUCAUUUGAUUCUUUACAAAUAAAAAUAAAAAACGUGUUCUUCUUUUUUUAUACAUGUAACAUGAAUAUGUAUAUAGGUAUAUUUAUAACAAAUAUUAAAUCAUUAUUAUUAAAUAAUAAAAUACAUGUUAAUAAUAAUAAAAUACAUGUUAAUAAUAAUAAUAAAACCUGUUAUUAUCAUAUAAAAUAUUUACAAGAAAUUAAUAAAUGUAUUAUAUUUACUAGAGAUAAUUAUUUAGAUAAUUCAAAGACUAAACAUUCCAUUUUUGAAAUCUUUAAUACGUUAAAUAAAAAAAAAAAUAAAUCUAUUUAUUUGUCACCUUUGUUUUUUUUUUUAAAUAAAUAUCAUAAUAAAAAGAAGGGGCAUAUAAUAAAUGCUACAAAAAAUAGGAGUUAUGAAUAUCUAGAUAAGAACAUGGAAAGAAUUAAAUAUCCCUUGAAACAUACGAACAAGAAAAUGUUAAAUACAUAUGACAUGAUAUAUUUUAAAAAGAACAAUAUGAAAACCGCUACCAAUAUAAAUGAACCUAAAAAAGAAAUUAGAAGAAAAGAGAAAAAUAUGUGUACUUCUAAAAAAGGGACCUCUAUAUAUCCACAAGAAUAUGUUGAUAAUCGUUUUCCAAAUUUAUUAUAUUUAUUUUAUUAUAAUAUGAAUAAGAAAAAAAAAAAAAAAAAAUUAGAUAUAAAUAAUUCUAAAUUAUGUACAUCUUUUCUUAAUUGUGUAUAUAAGAUGAAACGAAACAUUUAUAACAAAUAUUAUGAAACAAUACAAAAUAAUAAAUUGAAAUUUAUAAAUAUACAAAACGUGAAUACAACAACAUGUUCUUUUUAUUCUCCAUAUCAUAUAUAUUUAAGAAAUAAUACAACCAACUAUAUGAACAUAGAAAACCAUGAUGAGAAAAAAGGAAAUGAACCAACAUGCCUUUCUUUUUUAGAAAGGAGAGUAGAAAAGAAAAGGAAUAAAAAACAAAUGUUCAUAAAUAUUAAAUAUUAUAAAAAAGUAAAUAAUCAAAAGGGGAAAAUUAAAAAUAAAAAGAAAAGAAAAAGAAAAAAGCAACAUACAAGACAGCAUACAAGACAACAUACGAGACAACAUAUAAAACAACAUACAAGACAACAUAUAAAACAACAUACAAGACAACAUAUAAAACAACAUACAAGACAACAUAAAAAACCAAAUAAUAUUCAUUCUAGUGGUUAUAAUAAUUUAACCACAUGCAUGUCGUACGAACCAUCAAUACAUCUCACCUUUAAACAUACCUUCCAAAAUCUCAAUAUCUAUUUACCAUUAUAUAUAAUUGUAGAAAUUAAUAAAAUUAUAAAAGCUUCAAAAAUAAUAGGAUUAUUAAAUCGUAAAUAUAAAAAUAAUUUUAUACAAAGCAUAAAAAAAAAAGAAAAAAUUCAAGAUGAUAAGGAUAAACAAAUAUGUAAAGCACAUGGUGUGAAGAGUUGUAAUAAUAUUUAUAGAAAUAACAUCCCCCCAAAAGUAUUAAUUACUUAUAAUUUUAAAUUGCUUUUUGUAGAUAGUAAGAUCCAUUUUUUAUCUCCGUCUGUUUUUUUAAUAAACAAUGUAAAAGAAAAAGAUGAAACGUUUGAUAAAAUGAACAUAUUUGAAAGUAAAAUAAAAAUAGCAAGGGUUAAAAAUAAAACAUAUAGAGAAGCUAUAGACCAACAUAAUAUUAAAAGUUGUGCUGAAACGAAUGAUAUAUUAUAUACAUAUGAGCUAAAAAAAGAUAAAGAAAAUAAUGUUAUAAAUAAAAAUAAAAGAAAUAUUAAGAAGGAUAAAAAGGAUAAAAAGCAUCAAAGUAGUUGUGAUGGUUCUACUACUUUAUAUAAUAGCUAUUUAAAAAAAGCAGAAGAAAAGAAAAAAAAAAAAAAUGUAGAUAGAAAAAGAAAUAGAAAGAAGAAAAAAAAUGUAUAUUUAUUAUUAAAAAGAAGAAGAGAACAAUAUAAUGAAGAGAAUUUAAAUAAGAAAAUUUUUUUAUAUGACAUAUUUUUAAGUGCAAAUUUUAAGGUUCAUAUUAAAAAAACGAGGGGUAAAAAGAAAUAUGUGUAUGAAGAUAAUAGGAAUAAUACGGAAAGUAUAUAUAAUAUGGAACAUGUGGAACAUGUGGAAAAUAUAGAAAAUAUGGAGAAUAAGGUGAAUAAAAAUAUAAACAACAAUAAUAAUAAUAAUAAUAAUAAUAAUAAUAAGAAUAAGAAUAAGAAUUAUGAACAACGUGUCAUUCACAAUAUCAUACCGAUAAAUAAAAUAAACAUACAAAUAUCCGUAAAACAUCUAAAAAUAAAUUUAGGCUUAUUGUAUACCUAUAUACAUACCAUAAAUAUGAUAAAUAUUAUACAGGUAGAAACAAUAAGAGAUAAUUAUAUUUUUAAUAUUAAUAAGAGGAAUAAUAAAUAUUAUUUAAAUUUAGAAAAUGUACAUAAAUUUAAUUUAUUAAAAAAUGUGAUGAAUGUAAUAUAUUUAUUUAAUGAGAACAAAAGGGCAAGCACAAAUUAUAUUAAAUUUAAAUCGUAUUGUGUAUAUAAUGUAAUAGAGAUGACGAAUAUAUUUUUCUUUUAUAAACAAUAUUAUUAUGAGCUAAGAGAAGAGGAGUAUAAUAAUACAAAUAUAUAUGUAUCAAAGAAAAAAUGGAAACAUCAAAAUUCUUAUGUACCCUUUAAGAAGAUAGAUAUAUUAGAAGAUGAUGAGGUUUUAAUGAAAAGACGAAAAUUUUUUAGAAGUGUAUCGAUACAUGAUUUGAAGAAUAAUAAAAAUUUAUAUAUUCCUGGAGAUAACAGUAGUAGUUAUAAUAAUACAGAUGAUGGUAUAAAUAAUAAGAUGAAUAAUCAUUAUAUUUUUAAUAAUAAUAAUAAUAAUAAUAUUAAUGAAUAUGUUUAUAAUAAGGAUACACAUACUAAUAUAUUAUCUGAAUAUUACAAAAAAAAAUACGAUAAACAUAAUGAUUUUCAUACCAUGUUAAUAAAUAAUAAUAAUAAUAAUAAUAUAUAUAGUUCUAACAAAGAAUAUACAAAUUAUAAUGAUGAAAUAUUAAAAGUUGAAAAGAAAUUAAAUGAAAUAUCUAAAACGUAUGAAAAAAAUAAUAAAAACCAAAAAGUCUUUACACCUAAAAAUGGACAUACAUAUAUAAUGGAUGAUAAUACAAAUAAACCUUUGUAUAAUUCCUUUUUUCAUAAUCAUAUAUAUAAACAAGAAGAAGAAAGAAAAAGUACAGAUAUAAAACGCAAAAAUAAUAUCAUAGGAAUAAGCAAAAAUAAUUUCAAUAUAAUUAUUAGCACCCUACAAUAUUGUAUAAAUAAUAAUGACCUUUUAAUUUUUAAAUAUUUCUUAGAAGACAUGGAUGAAGUAAAGAAAAAAUUAAAAACAAAUAAAAUAUAUGCAUGUAAGUAUAAGUAUGACGGUAUUAUUAUCUCUUCGAAAUUUAAAAAAAAUAUAAAAGACAUGAAUAGUAGUUAUUCGGAGGAAGCGCACAACAACAAUCAACAGGGGGGAUAUUAUAAAAAAGGGGAAAAAAAAAAAAAAACUCAUAGGAAUAAUCAUGUGUAUAAUUACACAACAGAUGUAAGUAGUAGUAAUAAUUUUAGUGAUCAUAAUUUUAGUGAUCAUAAUUAUAGUGAUAAUAAUUAUAGUAGUAAUAAUUUUAGUAGUAAUAAUUAUAGUGAUCAUAAUUAUAGUAGUAAUAAUUAUAGUGAUCAUAAUUACAGUAGUAAUAAUCAUAGUAGUAAUAAUCAUAGUAGUAAUAGUUUAUCUGCAUUGGUGAAAAAUUAUAAUAUGAAAAAAAUAAAAAAGAAAAACAAAAUUAAUGUGAUUAUAUAUAUGAUGAAAAUUUGCUUACUUACAAAAAAUUGUGCACAUGAAAUUUGUUCAAUAAACAGUUAUAAUAAUAAUUUAAAAAUAAGUAAUUAUGUAUUACAUAAGAAAAAAAAGAAAAAUAAUAAUAAUAAUAAUCAAAAUGUUCAUGAUGAUGAAGAUGAUGAUGAUUAUAAUGAUAAUAAUAAUAAUGAUGAUGAAGAAGAAAAAAGGAAAAGAAAAAAUUUUGUUAUGUUAUUAAAUUUAAAACAAAUAAGUUUAUUAUCACUUGAUGUUUUAAAUAUAAAUAAUUUCUUAUAUAAUAAAAUAAAAAAGGUUUCUUUUAUUGAACCAUUUGACGUAUCAUGUUAUUAUAGUUUACAUAAUAAAAAUAAAUUCUUUAUAUAUAUAAAAGAUAAUAUUAAUAUAAAUAUAAAUACAAAUAUUAUAAAUUUCUUAUUACUUUUUAAGUAUCAUUUUUUACACAAUUAUUUUAUUUAUAAUGAAUAUAAAUUAAAGAACCCAUUAACUUUUCAAACGAUUCAUAAAAUCAAAGAUGUUAGAUGUAUACUUCCGAUAAAUUAUGAACAACCUAUUACGACAAAAGAAUAUAUUAUUAUAAAAAAUUAUACAUUCUAUAAAAUUAAAUAUGAAUAUAGUAAUAAAAAUAUAGGAUAUAUACAACCGAAUAAACAAGCAUUAAUAAUAACUAAUAAUUUGUUUAUGUUGUAUAUAUCCGAUAUUCAAAAUGGAAAUAUAAAAAAACAUAUAUUCUUAAAAAAUUAUACUUUUCAAAAAGAUGAUACAUAUAAGAAUAAUAUAAUAGAUCCUUUAAAGCAUUCUAAUAAUAAACCUAUGGAUACUAUAAAAAAUAUUAAUAGUAUGAAUAAUAUCAAAAAUAUGUAUAACACAAAAAAAAUUAAUGAGAAAAAUUAUUUCUAUAUAGAUAUUAGUAUACAAGAAAACAAAAAAUGUAUUAAUAUAUAUCCAUGUUUUUUUAUGUAUAUAUCUUAUGAAAAAUAUAAAAGAAGGAUAAUCAACUCUUCAUUUGGUUUGGAAAAUGGGGGGGAAAAAUACGCAACAAUGGCAACACCUAACACAUACAAAUAUGAUGAUCAUAAUAAUAAUAAUAAUAAUCAUCAGUGUAACGAUAAAUAUAACGACAAAUAUAAGGACAAAUAUAAGGACAACAUUUAUCGUAGUUAUCAUAACAAGGACCCUGAGGAUGUACAUAUAAAAUUACAUUUUGUUAAAGAGAACAGUGUAAAUAUAUUCGUCGUAAAAGACGAGAAAGAAAAAAAUAUUCUUUUUAGCGUACCCUUUGAAUUUUUAAAAGAUUGUAAUUAUAUGAAGAUGAUAAUUACGAAAAAAAAUAAAGUUUACGUAAGUAAUAAAAUGAAAUAUAAUAAAAUGUUUAGAUUAAAAAAAUAUACUUUUAAAGAUAUAUAUGAUAAAACACAUGUUAUACUUUGUAACUUUCUGUAUUUUAUUAAGAAGGAAAAAAAAAAAAAAAAAAAAAAAAAAAAAAAUUCAGAAGAAGACACGUCGUGGGAUGAUUACUCAUCAAGUUUUACAAAAGAUCUUAGUAGCGAUUGUUCGAAUGAGAUGUAUAAGAAAAAUAUAACAUAUGAUAUAAAUGAAGAGAACAAAGUAGAAAGAAAAAAAGAAAAUAAGAAUAUUAAAAAUAAUGUAAUAAAAAAUAAUAUAUCAGAUCAAAUUAUAUAUCAUGAUCAUAAAGAUAAUUAUGGAAAUGUAAAAAGUGAAGAUAAGUACAACAAGAUGUGUAAUGAGAAUAGUAAAUAUGAUAAUUAUUAUAAUAUAUCUAAUGAGAUGAAAGAUAAAAAAAAGGAAAGAAAUAAUAAAAUAAAAAAUAAUGAAGAAAAUAAGUAUAUAGAAGAAGAAGAAGAAGAAGAAAGAAAAAAAAAAAAAAAAUAUUCGAAAAUAUUUAGUAUAUAUAAAAUAUUACAGAAUAAUAUUAAUAUAAUAUCUAUUCAACAUUGUAUAAAAUUAAUAAACUUAAGUCCAUUUAAGAUAAAUGUAUUAUUAAAAAAAGAGAAAGGAAGUAUUAAAACAUAUAAUAUUGGAAGUUUUGAUUAUGUAAAUGUAUACGACUUUUGUUUUCUUGAGAAUAUUAUUUUAAAUUUUAGUUUAUCUUUUUAUAGACAGUGGAUUCAAUUUAUAAAAAUAAAGAAUGAAGAUUUUUUUAAGGAAAAUCAAAAUGAUGUUGAUAAUUAUGAUGUAUAUAAUUCACGUUUUCAUUUUUUGGAAUCUUUACCAAAUGAGAAUAAAAGGAGGAAAAUAAAAAGGGUGAUAAAAGAUGAGGAUUGGGAAGACGAAGAUAAUAAUAAUAAUGAUAAUGAUAAUAAUAAUGAUAAUAAUAAUAAUUAUAACAAUAUUUAUAAUAAUUAUAAUAAUUAUAAUAAUUAUAAUAAUUAUGAUUAUUAUGAUUAUUAUGAUUAUUAUAAUUAUAGUGAUGAAGAAAAGGGAGAAGAAAUGAACCGUAUUUUAUUUUAUGAAAUUAUAAAAUUUCAAAAUUUAUAUUUUAUUAUAUAUGUAUAUUUUUUUAAACAUUCUUAUAAUAUUACAUUUGUAAGUAAAUAUAAUAUAUAUAAUUAUACCAAAAAUAUUUUAUAUUAUCAUAUAAUAUAUGAUCAUGAAGAAGAAAACCAAUGUUUAGACGAUAUUAUUUUUACAUGUGAACUUAAAAAACAUGAACUAAAAAAUAUAUAUACAAAAUAUAAAGAAAAUGUAUUUGAAAUAUAUCCCUUUUUAGAGAAUAAUAUUCAUGUAAAUAAAAAUUAUAUAAAUUUAAUAAAGAAAACUAAUUCGAAACAAGAAAAACAAAAUAUCUUUUAUAUCAAAAAUUAUUGUUUUAAUCAUCGUUUUGUAAUUCAUAAUAAUGAAACCUUAAAUAUAAAUACAGACUCCUGUGAUGUAAAUAAAACAUUCUCCAAAGUUCUAUUAAUAAAUGAUAAAUAUAUAACCAUUAAUAUUAAAACAUUCAACUUUCAUUCUUUUCGUAUUUCAUUUAUUCAAUUCUAUCCUUAUCUUGUUCUAAUUAAUUUAACCAAAUAUAAUUUCGAAAUCAAAUUAAAAAAUUAUGAAGCCUUAGAAAAGAUACACGCAAAUAAAAUGAAAAAAAAAAAACAACAAGAGGAAAAGAAAGAAAAAGAACAAGAAAAGGAAAAGGAAAAAAAUAAAAAUAAUAAUAAUAAUAAUAAUAUAUUUAUACAUAACCAUUAUAACAACCAUAUGGAUCAUUAUAAAAAUAAUAAUUAUUUUACUUUUAAUCGUAAUAAGUAUAACAUAAAUAUAAACAAUCCAAAUUCUUCCAUUCUUUCUUAUGAUAGUAGUGAAAGCGAAAAUCUUAAUUUUAGUGAUUAUACACAAUGCUCACUUUCAAGUGAUGAAUGUGAAGAAGAGCAAAGUUAUUAUGAUUUAUUCAUAAAUAAUAAUUUGAAUUCAAAUAUACACACAAAUAUGUAUAAUAACAAAAAGAAAGUUACAUAUAAAAAAAAAAAAAAAAAACAUUUAAAAAAAAAUAUACACAAAAUUACACACUUCUUUCAAAACCAUAAGAAAUGUAAGAAUAAAGAAGCACAAUAUUUUAAAAUUCUUAAUACUAUGAAUAUACAAGAAUUAAACAUUAAAAAUAAAUCCACGUGGGAUUUCGUAAGCUUCAAAAUUACCAAAAAAGAAAAUAAUUAUUAUUUUGAACAAGAGAAUCAAAAUAAUAAAUCCGACGAAAAAAAUGAUAUAAUAAUAUGUGUGCCAAAUGAGGAAAAGAAAAGUGAAAUAGCAAAUUUUGGAUCAGCCCUCAAAAUAUUGAAAAAGACUUCAAGUUAUUAUAAGAAUAGUAUAAUGAAAAUAUUUAAAAAAAAAAAUAUAAGAUGUAGAUAUAUAAAAAUACAUAAAAAUAUGAAUAAAUAUUUUUAUAUAUAUAAAUAUAUUCAAGUAUUAACAAAAGAAAAUCAAAUUCUUACUUUCAUAAAAGAACGUUUAUUUUAUAUUACAUCCAUAGAAAAAGAUAAAAGACAUUAUAUAUGUAUAAAAAAAGUUCCUUAUAAUAGUCAUUAUAAACAUAUAUAUGAGUUUGAAAAAAAUUUCUUAUCACUUGAAAAUAUAUUAAGAAGGGAUGACAUCAUGUUGUGUGACAAAAAGAGAGAGGAUUCAAAAUAUAAGGAUCACCAAAUAUUAAAUUCUGAGGAAAAAAAUGAAGUAAAUAGUAAUGUGAUGCUUAAGAAAAAUGUUCAAGGAAAAAAUAGCAUAAUAAAUAAUUUAAAUGAACAAGUAAGUAAACAACAAUGUUAUGAUACAAAUCGUAUACAUAAUAAUAAUGAUAGUAUUAAUAAAAAUGAAAAUAAUAAUAAUAAUAAUGUGGGGGAAAGGAAAUACUUUAAUUGUAAAGAAUAUUAUGAAAAAAAAAAGAAUUUACCAAGUUUUUAUAAUUAUAAAGUUAUAGAUGAAUUAUCCUGUGAUAAUAAUGAUUCUGAUGAAGAAGAGUGCAUAGAUAAAUAUAAUAAUAUUUUAAAAAAAUUGAAAUUAGAUAUUACAUCUGUUUUAAAAAAUAAUACUUUAGAUGUUAUAUUAAAUAAUAUUAAAGAAAUUAUUAAUGAAAAAAUAAUAAAAGAAGGGAAAAUUUUUUUAUUUAAUAAUUUAGGAAUACCUUUUUUUUUUAGUACAUUAAAAAGUAAAUAUCUUACAUAUGUUAAUACAAAAUAUGUAUAUUUUAAAGAGAAAAAACAUUUUUAUUUCUAUUUCCCGAAAUUUCUUUUAAUAAAUAAAAAAUUAAAGUUAUUAUUUAAAAUAAAUGAAAAUGUGUGUAAAUACUAUUCUAUACGAAAUUAUAUACAUUUAAAAAAAAAUGAAAAGCUAUUUCCAAAUUUUCAUAUAAUGAAAUUUAAUUUAGUGUGUAAUAUAGUGUCAUCCUUUUUUUUCUAUUCAUUUAUUUUAAAAAAGAAAAAAAUCAAACAUAAAAGGUUUAAGUGUUUGAACCACGUGAAGCAAGAAACAAAUAUGUGUGGAGAAAAAAACAAUACGUGUGGAGAAAAAAACAAUACGUGUGGCGAACAAAACGAUGAAGAUGAAAUAAUAUACUAUGAACUAUAUUUAGUAAAAUUUUAUUGUGAUAUAAUUUUGAAUAAGAAUAACGAAAUGAAUAUUAUUAUAAAUGGGCUAAAGCACUGUACGUUUUUAAAGAAUAUUUUAUCGCUAGAUUAUUUUUUUUAUUUUAUGAGAAAUAAAGAAUUAGAAAAAAUAUGGGCCUCAUCAAAUUUUUAUGAGAAAAAGUAUUUAUUACAGAAUAUAAGAAGAAAAAAUAAUUAUAAUAAUAAUAAUAAUAACUAUUAUUAUUAUAAUCAUAAUAAUCAUCGUAACAAUAAUGUUAUAUAUACGAAUAAUUUAUAUGGUUUAAAUGUAUCGGAUUUAAUGAAUAUGAAAAUAUAUAUAAAGAGUGUUAAUAUCAUAUUUAAUUUCGAUCAAACAUCAUCAUCAACUAAUACAAAUAUAAUGGACAAUAUUGUUCAAAAAAUUAAUUUUAAUAAAAUUUAUUUAAAUUUUUAUACUUUUCAAUAUUUAAAUAAUAAUACAUUGUUAAAGAAAAAAGGUUGUAUUGAAUUUCUAGAUUUGUUUUCUUCUAAUAAAAGAACUAGAAAAAUAAUAAAAAAACCCAAGAAACGAAAUUUUUUUUUUAGAAGCAAUAGUAAGGAUUCGAAUUAUUUAAAUUUAAAUAAUUAUGGCAUAUUAGAUAAAGCUAAAUUAUCAUCAUUAUAUAAUUUGAGAAAAAGGAAAGAAAAUUUUAUAUUAGACAACUUAUCUAUUUAUAAUAAUAUUAAUAGUAAUUAUUAUGCUGAUAGACAAGAAAAUUGUGUUGUGGAUACCUCUUAUAAUAAUAAUAAAAGAAAUGAUUAUAAUAUAUAUGAUUCUUAUAUUGAUAAAAAACGUAUUUCUAAGGAUUCAUCUUUAUAUUAUGUAUAUUCUGAUGAUUCAAGUGAAUAUUUAACGAACGCCUUAAUGAAUACAGGAAUUAGUACAUCCCCAAUAAUAAAUCCUAACAAUGGUUAUAAUGAUAUACAAUCAAUAUAUAUUUAUAAUGAUGAUCAUCAUGAUGAAGAUGAUGAUAAGAAUAAUAUGGUGGUUAAUAAUUAUCAUCCCAUUUUUAAAAGAUCGCAUUUAUUAUCAAAACGAAAUACGAACAAAAAUACAUUAUACGAUAUAUAUAAGAUGCUUAAAAAUAAUACUUACUCAUGUCAUUAUUAUUCUUAUAUAUUUAAUGGAUAUAUGAGAAAUAUAAAACUAUAUAAAUAUCUUUUUAAUUUAUUAAAAAGUCGUGUUCUUGCAGUAUGCAUAAAUUAUUCUGAUUUUUAUAAAAAAUGCUCUAUAUUGAUUGACAAUAUGAGUGUGAGCAAAAUUAAUUUAUAUGAUAAAAAAGAAUUUGGAUAUAAAUAUACCUUGUUAACAAAAUAUAAUGAUCAAGAUAAUUUUAUAAAUAUUAAUUUUGAUUUAUAUAAACAAAGAUAUAUGAAGUACAAACAUAUAUAUAAUACAUUAAAUAUAUUACACGUAUGCUCACAUUUAAAACAGUUUACAAGAAAAAAAGAAAAGAAAAAAUUACUAGAAAAAAUUGCUGAUCCUGAUUUAAUAAGGAAAAAAAAAAAAAAUGAUAAUAUGCUUAUAAUGGAUUCAAAUAAUUUUAUUCGUAAUCGUGAAAAUGCUUUAUUAUAUAAUGCAUAUUAUUAUUAUAAAAAAGAAAAAAUAGAUAACCAACAUAUAUGGAAAGAUAGCAAAUAUAAUAAUAUUAGUAAUAAUAAUAUUAAUUAUAAGGAAUUUAAUACAGAUAAAAAGAAACAUUUAAAAAAUUAUAAAAUUGAUAAUCUUAUAAAUUUUAUUGAAAAUAUUAAAGAAAAAAAAUUAUGUGUAGUAUUAUCAAAUCAUAAUGAACAAGAAAUAAAAAAAAAAAAAAAAACGAAAAAAAAAAAAAAAGAAAUAAUAAAAAACCUAACCAUCGAAAUAGCAAGCUUAAAUCUUACAUUAGAUUAUAAUUAUUUUUUAAAUAUAAUACUACCAUUAUAUUAUGAACAUUUCCGUAAAAAAAUACAUUAUUAUAAUAUAAUAGAUAUUAUGAAAUGUGAAGAAAAAAAACAUUUAAAUAUUUAUAAUAAUAUAAUAAAAAUAAUUUAUUAUAAUCAUGGGAAUAAUGAAAUUAUAGAAAAAUUAAAAAGAAUGGAAGUUUAUAGUUUUCAUAAAAAUAUUCUUAUAUGUACAGAAAUGAAACAAAAGAACUUUUUAUUAUAUAUAUAUGAUUUAGAUAUCAAAAAAACAAAGAUAUAUAUUAAUGUUAAUUAUAUAUUAAAAUUAUUUCUAACUAAAAAUUUCUUAAUGAAUAUAUCAGCUAUAAAAAUUAGUAAUAAAAAGAAAAAAAAUCUAUCUUAUAUUUUAAAAAAAAUUAAAAAAAUCUAUUUUUAUAAUUAUAUAAGUAUAUUCUUUUAUCUAUUAAAAAAUAUUGAUAUAUCAUCAGAAGAUACUUCAUAUACAAUGUUAAACUUUUUAAAUUUCUUGGAGUAUUUCUUAAAAAAUAAUUUACAACAACUCUCUCCAUUGCAUAAUUUAUAUAGUUUUGUAGUUACACUAAAAUAUAAUUAUGAACAUAAACUUGAUAAUAACACAAAAGCUGCAAUUAACCAAGAAAAUUUACAAAUUAAUAAACAAAGAAAGAGUUUUCUUAAUGCUGAAAAUAAUGCCCUCUUGUUUUUCUCCAAAAAUUAUUCGCACAAUAUAUGGAAACUAGAAGCAAAUUAUAAAAAGAAAAAAAUUAAAAAGAAAGAAAAGGAGAAAAAGGAGAAAGAUAAGGAAAAGGAAAAGGAAAAGGACAAAUAUAAGGACCAACAAAAGAAGGACAAACAAAAUAUUGCACAAGUAAAAAAAGAUAGAAAAACAGGACUAAGAUUAAGGAGAACAGGAACGGAAGACACGACGCAAGAAGGGGGUCAUAUAUAUGAUGAUGAAGAAGAUGAAGAAGAAGAAGAAGAAGAAGAUCAUUCUAAUAAUACAUAUUUUAAAAACUUCUUUACCUUUAAUUAUUCAAAUAUAUUCCCCAAGUUAUUAUCUACCAGUUCUUAUAUACACAAAAAGGAAGAAGAAGAAGACCAAGUAAAUGCAUAUUCCAGUGAUCAAAAUGUUAUGAACAGAAUACUUAGUAUGCAUAAAAAGGAAAGGAAAAUUACAAAGAAUAAAAAUUAUAAUUAUAACGAACAAGAUAUUGACGAUGGACAAGGAGUAUACUAUAAUUUAUAUAAUAAUAAAACGAAACCUUUUCUUAGACCAACUUCUGAGCAACACCAAAUUAUGGAUGAACCUGUUUCAUAUAUAAAACGACAUACCCGCCGUAUUAGGAAUGAUUAUGAAGAAUUAUUAGCAUAUAAAGCAAAUGAUGAAAUGUUACUUCGAGAAAAUGAAAAAAGAAAGAAGAAAAAGAAAAAGAAAAAGAAAAAAAAAAAAAAAACUCAAGCUCCAAAUGUAACACAUAUAUCAUUUACACACAAUUUGAAUAUAACCAAGGGAAAUAUAUAA